AUGGGCAGUGAGCUUGUGGACGACGCAGCGGCGGCCGAGGAGGAGCAGGAGCCUCAGCAGGGCGGCCAAGCCCCUGCCGAGGAGGUGGAGGGCGAUGGGCUGCCGGCGGACGAGGAGGAGGCGUCAGAGGGCAGCGAUGACGAGGGCGGGAGCGAUAGUGAGGGCUCCAGCGACGAUUCCAGCGAUGAAGGGGGCGAGGAUGAGAAUGAAUUUGAGAACGAUGGCUUCAUAGUGGACGAGGCCGAGGACGAAGGCGGGGAGGAGAAGGGGGCGGGCGGCAGCGACGUGGAAGGUGCCGCCGAGGCCAAGAAGCGGCGCAAGAAGAAGCGGCGGCGGGAGCUGGUGCUGGACGAGGAGGACUAUGAGCUGCUUGAGGACAACACCGGCAUCCGGCGCCAGCGCCCGCAGCUGCAGCACCGGCGCAUCAAAAAGGCACGAGACACCGACGCCGGUGCCGCCAACCAGCACGACGCGGCGCGGGCGCUGCAGGAGGAGCUGUUUGGCCUGGAGGAUGAGGGGGGUGGCCUGGAGGACGACGACGACGACUUUGGGCGGCCCGCGGCGGCGGCGGCGGCGGGGCGCCCGCCCGGCGACGCCCGCGGCGGCCGGCGGGACGAGGAGAUGCUGCCAGAGGCUGACGACCAGUUUGACGACGAGGACGACUGGCUGGUGCACGAGGACGAGGAGGAGGGUGGGCCCGGGGCGGGGCAGCGGCGGCGCCGCCGCCGCACCGCAGUGGAGGGCCUGCCGGAUGUGGACCCCGAUGCGCUGGCGGAGGCGGACGAGAUUUUUGGCAACGUGGACGACCUGCUGGGCAUGUAUGCGGAGCGGCGGCAGCAGCGGCGGGGCAAGGCAGACGCGAUGGAGGAGGAGGAGGGGGAGGAGGAGGUGGAGGAGGAGGAGGCGGAGGCGCGGCGCCUGGCGCGGGAGGAGCGGCAGCGCGCCGCGGUGGCGCGGCGGGUGCAGGAGCAGCUGGACCCCGAGGCCGUGGCGCGACACUUCCUGCUGCCCCGCGACGAGCAGAUCAGGGAGGCCGACUACCCUGAGCGCGAGCAGCUGCACCGCGGCCCCGAGCCGGAGGCCUUUGACCUGGGCGCCUGCGCGGCCUGGGUGUGGGACAACCUGGUGGGGGAGCAGCGGCGGGAGGGGCGGGUGCUGGACCUGCUGGAGGAUGGGGUGCAGGAGGUGCAAGGCCCGCCCCCCGCCUGGUACGGCCGCCCCGACUGGUCCAGCCGCGACCUGGCCAACAAGCUGUCCGACAUUGGCAGCCACCGGGCGCUGUACGUGGGGCGCAACGAGAGCGGCGAGAGGGCUCGGGAGUGGCGCCACAACGAGGCGGCGCAGGCCGAGCUGCGGCAGGCCAUCCAGGCGGUGCUGCUGCAGGUGUAUGAGAAGCACGAGGAGAUCCCCUUUGUGGCCCAGUAUCGCAAGGAGAAGUGCGGCGAGCUGCUGGUGGUGCGGUCGAGCGACGAGCCCAAGACCACCUCCGAGCAGGAUGCUGGCGGCGGCUACCCGGCGGGCACCAUGAAGCCCUCCCACCGCCGCAUCCGGCGGUACGAGGUCAUGUAUGCGGUGCAGCAGCUGGCGCAGCGCUGGCGCGCGAUGCAGGUGCGGCGCGAGGCGCGGCGCCGGGCAUACGAAAAGGCGCUGGGGGAGACGAUGCGGGACGAGGAGCAGGCGGCCAUCCAGGAGUGCCUGGCGGCGCUGGAGCGGGCACAGACGAUGGAGGAGCUGGGCGACUGCGAGGCCAAGUUCAGGAUGGUGCAGCAGCAGUUCAGCGACGCCUCCGACCAGCAGGCGGCGGCGGCGGCGGCGGCCGAGGAGCCGCUGUCGCAGCUGUCGCUGGGCAACGGCGCCGCCGGGCCGCGCCGCCCGCAGCAGGCCUCCGCCCGGCGCUACCUGCACUGCCUGCGCGCGGGGCUGGGCGGCUGGGUGGCCGGCCUGGGGCUGACCGCGGCGCAGCUGGCCGAGAAUGUGGAGGCGGGCUACCAGAAGCACAAGCCCGCAGACCUGACGGUCACCCCCGAGCAGCAUGCGGCGCAGUAUGUGGCGCCCUCGGGCGGCUUCCCCACCGCAGGCACGGUGGUCAAGGGCGGCUGCUACAUGGCCGCGGCCGAGAUAGCAGCAGAGCCGCUGAUCCGCCAGGAAGUGCGCAAGCAGUACCAGGACGGCGCGGUGGUGUGGACCACGCCCACCGCGGCCGGGGACACCACGCUCGACCCUUUCCACCCGCUGGCCCCCGUCAAGCGCCUGGUGGCCAAGCCGCUGGUCAAGUUCGAAAAGGGAGACCACUUCCUGCGCCUGCUGCAGGCCGAGAAGGCAGGCCUGAUCAAGGUGGAGUUUGGGUUCCCGGCCAGGCCUCCGCCCAAGGAGGGCCAGAAGGGUGGCGGGGAGGCCACCCGCAAGGCGCCGGUGCCCGACACGGAGGCUGCGGAGCUGCAGAACCACCUGGUGGACUCCUUCGUGUCGGGAGGCCUGGGAGAGGCGGCGUCCGCCUGGGACGGCGUGCGGCGUCAGGUGCUGGGCGAGGCGGUGCGCGACUUCCUGCUGCCGCUGAUGGAGCGGGAGGCCAGGGCGCGGCUGGCGGGCAUGGCGCGCUCCGCGGCGCUGGACGAGGCCGGGGACAAGCUGUGGGGCUACGCCAGCCAGGCGCCGCUGCAGGUCAAGCUUGUGGAUGACGACGAGGUGGAGCCUGAGCGGCGCGUGAUGGCGGUGUGCUACGGGCCCGGCACCCCCGCCACCACCUUUGUCAUGCUGGACCCGCAGGGCAACCUGGUGGACUUCCUGUACUGCCCGCAGUUCAGCGGCCCCAUCCCCAAGCGCAAGGCGCUGCCGGGCGUCGUGUACAGCAUGUACGACGAUCCCAAGAAGGGCAGCGACGCGCAGCGCAUACGCUCCUUCAUCCUGGAGCACAAGCCGCACGCCAUCGUGGUGGGCGCCUCCAGCCCCGAAGCGCGCACGCUGUACGAGGACCUGGGCCAGAUCCGGGAGUCGAUCAUGCUGGAAGACCCGCGCUUCAUGAUUGAGCUGGGCACGGGCGAUCUGCUGAUCAUGAUGGCUGACGAGGCGGUGGCCGCGGUGUGGGAGAACAGCGCCGCCGCGCGCGACGAGCUGGCGGCCGGCUCGGCGCCCGUUGUGCGGCGCGCCGUGGCGCUGGGCCGCCAGCUGCUCGACCCGCUGGCGCUGCUGGCCAGCGUGUGCGGCGGCGGCAGGGAGGUGCUGGCGCUGGGGCUGCACCCGCUGCAGGCGCAGCUGCCUGAGGAGGAGCGGCUGGGCAUGGUGGAGCGCGUCAUGGUGUCGGCAGCCUCCCAAGUGGGGGUGGACCUCAACCAAGUGGCCUCCUCCGCCUGGCUGGCAGCCCCGCUGCAGUUUGUGCCCGGGCUGGGCCCGCGCAAGGCGGGCGCGCUGCUGCGUGCCGUGACGCGCGCGGGCGGGUUUGUGGAGAGCCGCAACCAGGUGUGGCGCGAGCUGGGCGUGUUUGGCAACCGCGUCUUCCGCAACGCCGCGCCCUACCUGCGCAUCCGCGCCUCGGUCAAGAAUGAGCCUGCCAGCGCCGCCCCGGUCAUCGACGUCGUGCCCGCCUCGUGGCUGGUCAAGCUGUCCACACGCAGCGAUGUGGUGAACAAUGAGGAGAAGUGGGAGGCGGCCUACCAGGCUGGCCAGGACCGGUACUACGAGCUGCCGCCCAAGAAGGACCCGCGGGAGGCGGCCGAGGCAACGCGGCGCAAGAACAAGAGCAACUUUGUGCCCCGCCCCAUCCAGCACCCGCUGUUCAAGAACAUGAGCCAGAUCGACGCGGCGGCGCAGCUGCAGGAGGCCGGGGUGCCGGUGGGGCAGGCCAUCCUGCGGCCCAGCCGCAACGGCAUCAAGUAUCUGGGCAUCUCCAUCAAGCUGCCAGAGUCCGUCUGGCACCUGGAUGCCGAGGAGAUGGGCAAGAGCGCCGCCGCCCUGAAGCUGGGCACCAGCCUGGUGGUGGAGUAUGUGCCCGGCGGCAGCAGGAGGGAGACGUAUGAGGACCUGGAUGAGCUGGCGGCGCGCUUUGUGGAGCCGCUGCAGGCCCACCUGCAGGCCCUGGUGGCCCACCGCAAGUGGACGCCCCAGGACUGGCCGCGCGCAAAGGAGGAUCUGAUAGAGCAGAAGCAGCAGGUGGGGCCCGCCCAGGGCGUGUACUGCCUGGGCCCCGCGGUGGACAAGGCGGGCAUGUUCUUCCUGGGCUACAUCCGCACCGCCACCCCGCACUGCGAGUACUUCAUGGUCACCCCCGACGGAUACUACUUCCGCAAGAAGGCGAGGAGGGCGGCGCGUGGGGCCGGGGAGGGGUGGGGGGGGUGCGGGGCUGCUGCGUGUGCAGUGCAGGACUACCCCAGCGUGGAUGCCAUGCUCCUGGCCUGGAGGAAGCAGCCAAGGCUGCCGAGCCAGCAGCAGCAGGCGCCGCCGCCGCCCCCUGUGCAGCAGGCGCCGCCGCAGCAGCACGGCAUGCCGGCGGGGAUGAUGGCGGGGCAGGGCAUGGCGCCUGCCGCAGGCUUCUACCCGGCCCAGCACCAGCAGGGGCAGCAGGGCCCGCCCGUGUAUGCCUACGGCGGCCAGCAGGGGCAGGGGCAGGGGCAGGGGCCGUACAUGGGCGGCCCCGUCGGGGGAGGCUACGGGGGCGCCCCCGCCGCGCACGGCGGCGGCGGCGGAGCUGGCUGGCAGCAGGGGCAGGCGGGCGGGUAUGGCGGCUACGGGCAGCAGCCCCACAACUUCCAGCAGCAGGGGUUCCCCCCGCAGCAGCAGGGCUACCCACAGCAGGGCUGGGGCGGGGGCCAGUAUGGCGGCCGCUGA